GUUCUCUCUUAGGAAGCCGCUAAACUCAAACAAAUGGUGGUACUAACGUUGUAGAUGAGGGAGGGUGGAGUAUUUCCAAUAUUUUGAUACAAAUAAAGAUGAGUAAAGUGGACAUUCAGAGAUUAAGGAAUAGACUCAAUAAAAUAGGAAAUGCCGAUACUGGCACAUUUGAAAUAAAAGACCCUAAAGAAUGGAUUGAAUUAAUUGAAAGUAGAGGGAACAAACCUAAAGACUGGCUGGAUUUUAUGCGGUACAUGACAGCAAACCCACAUUUUUCUGAUGAGUUCCAGCACCAUAACUACCUGUCAGAUCUUUAUGAGACAGCAUUUGAUAAAAUACCCCGAGAGGAAAACAAGCGGAAUGUUUUUUAUGGUUCCCUUUUUGUGGAGUUUGCAAGGAUGAAAAGCAAGUUCCAACCAGAUGAAGCUGAUGACUUGUUUAACUGUGCCAGGAGGGUUGUAAGGAAGUUAGCCAUUGUCCACAUUGCCCAUGCUGAAUACGAGUUGUCUAAAGGGAAUGUAAGCAAAAGUCGAAAAAUCCUGGAGAAAGCACUGCAGCUUGAGGCAGAACCAGACCAUUUAUUGACUGAGGCCAUUCAGAGACUGGAUGCUGGACAAACAAAUUUACAGAUGUCCCCUAUCCUAGCAGCAGUGUCUAAUGGGAAGGACUACAAGAGCAGCACCAGUAGUUCGGAAUCAACCGGGGACCUCCGUAAUUUGUCAGAAAAUCUUACCAGCUCCAGUCUAACCGGGGGAUUGACCAGUUCCAGUCUCACCGGAAAUAUCUUCAGAUCUAGUCACAGGAUAGUGGGGACUAAGUCAGACUCCCACCCCUCGCAAUCCAACCCCGCAAUCUCAAGGACAGAUCCCCCUGAGGCACCAGUCUGCCAUCCUUGCAACUUAAAGAGGCCUGAGCCCUUCCCCAUGGACCACACAGUGGAGAUGGAGACUGCCCCCAUCAACCAGAGGUUGACCUCCCAGCCUCACAACACCAGGAUGUCCAUGUCCUGUCGUCCUGCAAUGAGGAAGGCACACAGCACCCCAGAACUACGGGGAAAUUCAUCAUCCAAAGCUAUGCUUAAGCCAAAGACCAAUUUGCUCCCCCAGCGGGUGAAGAAGCUCAACCUGCCAUUUACUGAAUUGUCAGUGAGAGAAGAGGACGAGGAUGGGGAGAAUGAUUUCCCCAACAUCACCCCACUGGACGGGAAGUCCUACAGCGGUUUGAUUGGCUCCAUGGCUCACACUUCUGGAUAUAUGACCAUGACAAACACUUACAGCGCCACCCCCUGCAAUAAAAAUACCUCUCCAGUCAAGGAGGUACCACCUAGGGAACCACUGAAGGUGAUACAAAGAGAGGUGGUAUCAAAAAUGGAGAUGGACCCAGUGGUGGCCACAAAGUUCUCCGAGGAAAAAAGACCACCUAACACCAUGUUUCCACCCCCACCAAAGAGCGUGUCACCACCUAUAAAAUCAAUCAUUACAGAACCCCUCGAAAAUGUGGAUCCUCCAAAACAGGCACCUGUUGUGGAACCACCUGAACAGCUAACAGAUAUGCAGCCAAGCCAGAGAGAAAACGUAAGGGAAAAUCCAGUUAGAAAAGAGGAGUCUGCAGGAAAAUCUGCCCCACAGGUCCCCACCAUGGAGACUAUGUAUAUCAAUAAAAAGCUUUACCAAGUCUUACGAUGUGUGGGUCAUGGCGGAUCAAGCAAGGUUUACACAGUGAUUGACCACUCUGGACAGAAUCCUCAGAUCCUUGCUCUGAAGGUUGUGCGACUGGAGGAUCAAAAUACACAAAUUAUUGAGGGCUACAAAAACGAGAUACAGCUGCUCAAACGACUACAGUACUGUCCGAAAGUCAUCACCCUACAUGACUUCGAAUACAAAGAGUCUGGAAAUCUUCUGUACAUUCUGAUGGAGUGUGGAGAACUGGAUUUUGACAAAUAUCUCAAAGACACCAUUAAACAGGAGGGGCAUCUGUCCCCUCUGUACAUCAAGUUCUAUUGGCAAUCCAUGUUGCAGGCUGUGGGAGCUCUCCACAAAGAAGGAAUUAUUCACUCAGACCUGAAGCCGUCUAAUUUCCUCCUUCGCCAUGGUAACUUGAAAUUGAUUGACUUUGGAAUCUCUAAAGCCAUUCAGCAGGACAAAACCAGCAUCAUUACAGACACACAGGUGGGCACCCUGAACUACAUGUCACCUGAGAGCAUCAGAGAGCAUUGUGGGUAUGCAGACGAAGACGCCCACAAACCUGUGUUUAAGAUAAGCGUGAAGUCUGACGUAUGGUCCCUGGGUUGUAUUCUGUACUGCAUGGUGUACGGACACACCCCCUUCCAGAAGGUGGUGAAACAGUUCGCCAAGCUCCUCGCCAUCAUCAACCCAGAAUAUGAAAUCAAGUUUCCUGAUAUCCAAGAUAAGAAGUUACUGGAUGUUAUGAAGAGGUGUCUGAAUCGCGACCCCAAGCAGAGGCCGAGCAUAGAAGAUCUGUUACAGCAUGAGUAUCUACACUCAGUAUGAAAGGAACUGUAUGAAAUCAUGUACCACUGUCAAACUCUGAGGCCCAGUACUCAGUUCGCUUGAUUCAUUGCGCAUUCUGUCAUUUCUCGGUGGUACUAGUAUAAAUCUCAUCAUACCAGAUAAACAGUCAGUGCUGUUUUCAUGGUAGAACCGUUCAUGACUGGAAUAUCAAGUUUUGCCUUGGUCCGUAUGCUGCAAGAUGUAGAGGUAGUUGCCUGACAAAGCCAGAACUGUGUACACUUGGUGUACAUACCAGAUGUCAUAUAGGCCAUUCCUCCACUGUAUUGUAAUCAGGUAGAUUUAUGAGACUUCGCUGUAUUGUAAUAAGGUAGAUUUAUGAGACUUCGCUGUAUUGUAAUCAGGUAGCUUUACGAGGCUUCACUGUAUUGUGAUAAGGUAGAUUUAUGAGACUUUGCUGUAUUGUAAUCAGGUAGAUUUACGAGGCUUCACUGUAUUGUGAUAAGGUAGAUUUAUGAGACUUCGCUGUAUUGUAAUCAGGCAGAUUUACGAGGCUUCACUGUAUUGUGAUAAGGUAGAUUUAUGAGACUUCGCUGUAUUGUAAUCAGGUAGAUUUACGAGGCUUCACUGUAUUGUGAUAAGGUUGAUUUAUGAGACUUCGCUGUAUUGUAAUAAGGCAGAUUUACGAGGUUUCACUGUAUUGUGAUAAGGUAGAUUUAUGAGACUUCACUCUAUUGUAAUAAGGUAGAUUUAUGAGACUUCGCUGUAUUGUAAUCAGGUAGAUUUACGAGGCUUCACUGUAUUGUAAUAAGGUCGAUUUACGAGGCUUCACUCUAUUGUAAUAAGGUAGAUUUAUGAGGCUUCACUGUAUUGUAAUAAGGUCAAUUUACGAGACUCUGGAGUAUUGUAAUAAGGCCGAUCUACAAGACUUCUCUUUAUUGUAACAUGGUAGAUUUAAGAAAUGUCGCUGUACAUUUGCCUCAUGUGAUGCUAUCUUUAUGAUUAUGUUGUAUUGACUAUGAACAAUAUUAUUUUGUGCAGUUUUGCUUCUGGUGUAUUAAGAUUUUAACUAGAACUCUUAUUUUAGUACUUUCAAGUACAUGUAGAUGCAAAACAGAUCUUUAUAUAUUGUCUAAAUAUAUUUUCAUGAUGAAUAAUUUUAACAAAUAAAUACAGACUAAAGAA